AUGGGGAAGUUUCCUGGUAUCUACACUCAGGGCUAUGCUGAUGACGUGGCGCUGUUCUCUUCUGGGUUUGAUCUAAGCAUUGUUCGUGAUUUGGCACAGCAGGCUCUGUCUUUUGCAGGUCGCUGGAGUCGCGGAGUGGGCUUGUCACUCAAUGACAAGUCCUCGGUGGUCCUUUUUACGAACAAGCGCAAAUUCAGACUGAAACCUCUCACCUUGGAGGGGAAAAAACUAGAAUACAGUGGCUCCUGUACCUAUCUGGGGACGGGUGGUUGCUCUACCCCUACCUGGGGUCUUGGUCCAAAAGGAAGUCUCUGGAUUUACAAGGCGGUGGUUCGGCCGGCCAUGGAGUAUGCUGCGAUGGUCUGGCUGCCCGCGACCAAUAAAAAAUUCUGCGGCCGGCUUCGGAGGGUACAGGGGCUUGCACUCCGCAUGGUCACUGGUGCUCUUCCGACUACUCCGACUGCGGCCUUAGAAACCCUACUUGGUGUCCUUCCAAUUCAGCUAAGACUUCAGGAAGUGGCUCUUCAAUCUUAUUUAAGAUUAAGGGUCCGUGGUCAAUGGUUGAACUGGGUUGGAUACGGUCGUGGUUUGAAGAAAAUCACUCACAUUGAGAUGUGCUCUAGCCUGGCUCAGAAUAUUCCUGAGUUGGGCUUUCCUUAUGACUAUAAAUCUGUUAAACCUCCCGAGGCUCGUAAUUUUAAAAUACGGGUCGCUACUCGGGAGGAAUGGCUAGAUAUGUACGACAACUACUUGGAUCUACCUGGGCUCCUCUGUUUUACGGAUGGGUCUAGGGGUAAGGGGGGAUCCGGUGCAGCCUUCAUAAUUGGUGAAGGUGGUAACUUCAUGGAUGGGGCUAGUGGCGUUACACCUCUGGGUAAUUAUGCUACGGUCUUCCAGGCUGAACUGAUUGGGGUUCUUUCGGCGUGCAACUACAUGUCAGAAAAUCCAAGUCUACACAAGGAAGUGAAUAUCUUUGUUGACAAUCGCAGUGUCCUUGAUUCUCUUCUUAGUGAGCGGCUGGUUUCCUCCCUCACGGUUGAGCUUCAUAGGGCGCUGCAGCAAUUGAGCAUUCACAAAGACAUUACCUUACAUUGGAUCCCUUCCCAUUGGGGUUUAUGGGGUAAUGAAGACGUGGAUAAGCUGGCUAAAGAGGCUGCUAGUAUAACAACAUGCGGUCCAGAGCCAGUUAUCCCUGUCAACUCAGCAAUUGGAAAAUUUGCAAUAAAACAAUGGGCUCAGAAUGAUCAUCGGGUCUAUUGGUCCAACUUACUUAAUUGUAAGUUCUCAAAGUUGGCCCUACCAAUACCUUACGAGGGUCUAAGUGGGAAAUCACUUGGGCCCACGAGGGAUGGUAUGAGGCUAACAACUUUUGCCAUCACAGGACACUGUAAUUUGAAUGGGCAUCUGUAUAAGAUGGGUCUAGUUGAAUCUCCCAUCUGCGAGGAAUGCGGGGAAGGGGACGAGACAAUGGCUCAUAUACUCACAGACUGUCCCGCUUACAGUGCCCUGAGAUUUAGGACCUUCCUUCGUUCUACCUUAAGGGUGGAGGAAGUAUGGGAGUAUCCUCUCAAAGACGUGCUGGCCUUUUUAAGGUCUGGCAGAUUCGCCAGCUUUGUAGCUGGGGAAUCGAGAGAGGCUCCGACACAAUAA